AAUUGACUUGACAUUUGUAUCAAGCAAAUAGCAGACCACCACCGCCAGCAUAGCAGCUCCACCCUCCGCAGCAUGUCUAAGCUCAACCCGAACGCGGGCGAGUGGGUCCCCACGUACGUCGCGCUCUUACUUCUGCCUGCGCACAGUCCUUGUCUCUAAAACCGCCUCUAAUUCCCUUCUGUUGCUGCAGUUUCUCGGCACCUGCAGCUUCUCCGACCAAAUCAUCUGCGGCGUCUCCCGUCAAGGAGAAAACUCUCAGCAGCGUUGACAAGACGCCAGUCAAGAAGACCGAGGUGGAGACACCAGCACCUGCAGCUACCGUUUCAACCAGUAGCAAAACAGCGUUAGAGCGUGCGGCAGAGUUUGGACACGAUGUGGCCCUUGAUGAGAACGGAGAACCCAUUUCUUACGUACGAGAGGAGAAUUAUUAGAUAUUGGACAAGUACAGCGAAGGCUGACGAGCUACUGGGUGGAUGCGUUGCAUUACAGGAGGGAUACUCGCCGCUACACGACCGAUUUAUCUACUCGAAGGAAUAUUUGCUGGCGGUAAAUGGAGAGAUAAGGAGGAUACUGGGGCAUAUUUAGACUGAUGAGAGCUUUUUGUGAUACUGUAGUUUAAACCACUGGGAGAUCGUGUGAUCAAGGGCUUCUCUGACGUCGUGAAGAAUCCUACGCCGCCGAAAAAAAUUGGCAACAAGGUGAAAGGCAGACUGGUGUAUACCGUGGCGGAGCUUUUGCAGUUUCAGCCGCUGUACGAGAUGAUGCCGGAGGAUUUCACAUGGGCGGAUACGAUUGGUGCGGACGCUGUAAUGGGGGAGAAUAAGGGGAAGAAAGGCAAGAAGGACAAGACUCGCCAACAGCGCGGGAACGUCAUGUCGUAUGAUGCGUCCUUGGUGUGCUACUUUAACCCGACGGAGUAUGCGGCUGCCAUGAACAUGGGUCUGUACACGGGUCCUCCUGAGGAGUCUACCAAUGGCUCGGACAAGACCAAAGUGCCUGUCGUCGAACCGGUUAACCCAGUCGAGGAAGCGAUUAUCGCCAAGCGCCGUAUCGCCACGUGCGUUUUGUAUACAAUGGUUGGGAAGCAUAUGUGGAUGUUGACACUGCUGCGUUGUAGAUUGCUGGAUGACGUCAAGCCGGAGACGGUGAGCUCCAUCCUCGAGUCGUUUAUGGGGAUCACGAUCAGCUGCACACACACACUGCAAGAGAUUAUAGGCUUGCUCUUCGACCAUGCAAUAGCAAACCCGGAUUUGAGCGACUCGUAUGCGAAGCUGUGUUCGGGUAUGUCGGAGCGAACGCCAGAGUUUAAAGAUGGUGCGAAGACGAUCAACUUCCGGCGGAUUCUGCUUACAAAGUGCUACGAAUCGCUGAUUGAAGAGCCGGAUAGUCAGUCCUUGAAUUUGAAGAAGAACGGAAGCAAUGGAGCGGCGCAACACUCGUGGCGAAGGAAGUGUAUGUUGCAGAAUGUAGGCUUCGUGGGCGAGCUCUUCCGACGACAAUUGUUGACCGAGAACAUCAUGCACGUCUGCGUGGCGAUGAUGCUGGAUGACGAGGUGAAGCCUCAAGCGGAGAUCAUCGAAGCAGCUUGUGGACUUCUGAACUUGGUCGGUGAUUUACUCGAUGGAUCAAGUCCAGCUUCACGACGAACGAUGGAUGAAUACUUUGCAGUUCUAGUUCGAAUUCAAGAAAACUGUCAGCUCCCAGACCGCGUCAAGAAGCUAAUUACUGAUCUUAAGACUGUGCGAGUAGGUGGAUGGAUAAAGAAUCGCCAGGAUAACUCGUCUGCUUCAAGUACACCGACCACGUCUCCAGCGAAGGCAGCAGACAGCAACGAAAGCAACGGGAUAGUUGACUCACCUGUGAAGGCAGUAUCAACUGCCCCUAGAACAGGAGAUACAUCUCCAGCAGAGAGUCGAGCAGCUGAGUGAUUAACCCACGCUCGUAAUAGGUAGAAAAAAAUAAUAACAACGAGUGAGGAAUGACAAAUAACGUAGAAACCACCAGGAUAGUUAGUCGUACCAGACUCCACAUAUUUAAACCAACAAAAAGACAAGAAGAGAGGGAACCAAACGUACAGCGUUUCCGU